AUCACCUUAAACAAAAGUUUCCUUCCUCCAUAGUUAUCAUUUCAUUUUCGUCGAAGUAACAACGUUGUAAGAAAUCAGAGAAAUUAACGUUGUAAGAAAUCAGAGAAAUUAACGUUGUUGUCGUCGAAAUUCUAAGGUUUCCUAUCUCAUGGCAUGUAAACUCAACAAAUUCAAACUCACUCGCUCUUUCUUUUCCUCCAAACUCCGGUAUUCUUCUUCUUCUUCUUCUGCUCAAACCGCAGAUUCCAUUGUUUCCAUCUUCACCACCAAAGGGCCCUCCGCACCUGAACUCAACAACUUCUCACCUUCACUAACCCCUCACCUUGUCGAGUCCGUCCUCACGCGCCUCCGCAGCUGGCGCGUCGCCCAAAGCUUCUUCCAUUGGGCUUCCAUCCAACACCCUUAUCACCACACUUCCUUCACCUUCAACGCCAUCGCUUCUAUCCUCUCCCGUUCAUAUCAAACCCAACCUCUCAUUGACCUCGCCAAACACCUCCCAAAUUCCUCAUGCACAUUCACCCCCGGUGCCUUCUCUUUCUUCCUUCGCUGCCUCGGUAAUCUUCGCUUGGUUCAAGAAGCCAACCACCUGUUUGAUGAAAUGUCGCUUAAGGGUCUCUGUGUUCCAGAUCGUCUUUGCUACAACACUUUGUUGGAGGUUAUUUCGAAAUGUGGGUCCCUUCAUUUGAUGGAGAUGAGGUUGAAUGAAAUGAAGGGUUUUGGUUGGGAGUUUGAUAAGUAUACUCUCAUGCCUAUUCUUGUUACUUAUUGCAAUGCUAGUAGAUUUGAUCAGGCUUUGAGUGUUUAUGAGGAAAUGGAGGAGAAAGGUUGGGUUGAUGAACGUGUUUGUUCAAUGAUGGCAUUGCAUUUUUCAAAAUGGGGUAAGGUUGAUAAGGCUUUUGAGUUGGUGGAGAGAAUGGGUGAACGUGGAAUGAGACUCACUGAGAAGACUUUUUGUGUUUUGAUUCAUGGGUUUGUCAAGGAGUCGCGGGUUUAUAAUGCACUCCAUCUGUUUGAUAUAAUGCGCCAGGAGAAUGGUUUCACUCCUGAUGUUUCCUUGUACGAUGUUCUCAUUGGAGGGCUCUGCAAGAUUAAGGACAGUGACGGGGCUUUGAGUUUGCUUUCCAAGAUGAAGGAAUCUGGAGUUAAGCCGGAUAUUGGAAUCUUUACUAAAUUGAUAUCAUCUUUUUCGGAUGAUAAAAGUAUGGUUUCCAAGCUACUGAAAGAAAUUCUGGAAGGGGAAGAAGAUGAAAAAACUCUUGUUUUGAUUUAUAAUGCCAUUUUGACUUGUUAUGUGAAUGAUGGGUCAAUGGAUGAAGCUUAUCGCCUUAUUCAAAUGAUGAUUCACAGCAAAUCUAGUACUGAGGAUGAUGCAUCCCGGAUGGAUGCUUUCUCCAAGGUCACCAAGAAAUUGGUUUUCCCCAACAUCACUUCCUUUAGCAUUGUGAUCGAUGGCUCACUAAAAAAAGAUCAGCUGGACCUUGCCCUUAGCCUCUUUAAUGAUAUGCGGAAAAUGGUUGGUAAACCGACUAUUUCUAUUUACAACAAUCUGAUUGAUAGUCUCUGCAAAUCCAAUAGAUUGGGGGAGAGCUGUGAGCUCUUGAUAGAGAUGAAAAAAUUAGGGGUUGAACCAACUCAUUUCACUUACAACUCCAUUUAUGGUUGCAUGUGUAAAAGAAAGGAUGUCUCGGGAGCGCGCAAUAUGUUGAAGGAGAUGGGUGCGUGUGGGCAUGGACCAUGGAUAAAACAUACCACCCUUCUUGUGAAAGAGCUGUGUAAUCACGGGAGGGUGAUGGAAGCAUGUGACUUUCUUGAUAACAUGGUUCAGCAAGGCUUCCUUCCCGAUAUAGUUUCGUAUUCUGCAGCAAUUGGUGGCUUGGUUAACAUUCAAGAAGUGGAUCGUGCAACCAAAAUAUUCAGGGAUUUGUGUUCUAAGGGCCAUUGUCCGGAUGUGGUUUGUUUUAACGUGUUGAUAAGAGGGCUAUGCAAAGCCGAUAGAUUAGCAGAGGCUGGAAUUUUGUUCGAUGAGCUUGUUGAGAGGGGUCUUUCUCCCUCAGUUGUGACCUACAAUCUGUUUAUUGAUUCUUGGUGCAAAAAUGGUUCUGUUGAUAAAGCUAUGGCGCUUCUAUUCAGAAUGUGUGAAGAAGAUAAGGAGCCUAAUGUUAUUACAUACACAACUUUGGUGGACGGAUUAUGCAAAGCAGAAAGGCCUGAUGAUGCCCUCUUGCUCUGGAAGGAGAUGGAAAAAAAAGGUUGCCCUCCAAAUCGAAUUGCUUUCAUGGCACUGAUUUACGGUCUUUGCAACUGCCGUAGGCCAACUGAAGCCCUUUGUUAUUUACGCGAGAUGGAACAAAAAGAAAUGAAACCGGACUCCUUCAUUUAUAUUGCAUUGCUAAGUGCUUAUUUGUCUGAUUUGAAUUUGACAUCUGCAUUUGAGAUUUUCAAAGAGAUGGUUGAUUUAGGAUUUUUUCCAAAUCGACUCGAUAAAAAUUACCCCAUUGCAGUGGAUGCAAUCCUAAAGUUUUGUAAGGAUCACAGAACAUCCUCAGCCAUCCAAGUUCUAAUGGAAGAGGGGAAGAUUCCAACACACAGUGAACUGUUGGAAGUAAAAGAUUGAUCAAAGGAAUUUCAACCAUUUUUUGCUAUUGCUAGAGUAAGUAAACGUUACGUAUCAAACUGAUAGGUUUGGCACAGAAGCGUAUGUACAGAAAAACGCUUCUGUCGCACUCCACUGAUAUUUUGUCCACAAAGAGAAUGCGAGCUCUGGAAUUAAUCUAAGUUUUAUGUUGGCGUGGUGAUUAAAAAUAGUCAAAGGGGGAGGGGGAAUAAUAGAUUGGUUUCAGCAUACUAAAAAGGGUCAGAAGAAAAGUGUGCUUUUCUUUAAGCUUAGAAGAGUAUGCCAUAUCAGAAGAAAAGUUGUAUUAAUUACUUUUCUUACAUUAUUAUGGUGCCAUUUUUGUUCAUGGGAUAAAAAUAAAUACAAAUUAUAGUAGAGAUAAAAGAGCAAUUAAAUUUAUUGUGACAUAUUUUCUUCCAAAAAUGUAUUUGGAGUAAAAGAAUUUUCAUGUGUGCCGUACUGAAAUUAGACUUCCAGUCGUUGACUUCUGUUGACUACCA